CUAAGCUAUAGUAGCAACAGAGCCGCACUUAAAGGAGCCGCAGCAACAGCAGCAAUGAUGGCCAGAUGACGAUAAAACAAAAGGGACAGAGUCACACAGCACCCCAGAACAGCAAAUGCAGCAUUCACGCCCCCAAAAACAGAUGACGACCCGCUCCACCUCCGAUGACAAUGAUGGCGAAAAUGGCGGAGACAGCGAUGGCAAAAGCAACGUCCACACAACCAGCGAGAACAGCGACGGCCGACAACGCAGCAAGCAGGGAGCAGAACGAGCAGGGCAGCGACAGGGCAAAAACCCAAGCGGCAACAGCACCCACGACGACAGCGGCCCAAGAACAGCCGCGCCACAGCGGCCAGAAGCCAGAGGACCAGAGAAGGAGCAGCGACGACGGUGGCAAAGACGCCCCGCAAAGACGCCCCGCAGCAGCCACAAGCGGCAAAAAGCGGCAAGCGGCAACGACGGCAGCACCCAGACCGCUCGAACGCAGCACAACAGCCCGGUCCACGACCCAACGGCAGCAAAGGCAAGGCAACCCAAAGCCGCGGCGCCCCAACGGUGAAGGCCGGAAAAAUGUCCAUGGUAUCUGCAAAGCUGUCCUCCAACACCACAUUUCAAGUUGGGAAGAAAGCAGUGCUAACCGAUGGCAUCUCAUAGCGUUGUUCUUAUGGGGCUGGGGGUGGUGGAGGGAGGUGCCAAGUUCUGCUGCAUAUGGAUCAGUGACAAUCAUUUUUCACCUUCCUUUAAAUAACAAAAUAUGGAACAUUGUGCAAGGUGGUGUUCUACAGGAAGUGUGGGGUGGGAUUUAA